GUUUUCUCAAAUAAUGAUGAAGCCCUUAUUAACAAAAAACUACCCAAAGAACUUCUGUUAAGAAUAUUUUCUUUCUUGGACAUAGUUACUUUAUGUCGAUGUGCACAAGUUUCCAAGGCAUGGAAUGUUUUAGCUCUGGAUGGAAGCAAUUGGCAAAGAAUAGAUCUCUUUAACUUUCAAACGGAUAUAGAGGGUCGUGUUGUGGAAAAUAUAUCGAAAAGGUGUGGUGGGUUCCUGAGACAACUUAGUCUGAGAGGAUGUCUUAGUGUUGGAGACUCCUCUUUAAAGACCUUUGCACAGAACUGUAGAAACAUCGAACACUUAAAUCUGAACGGGUGCACAAAAAUCACUGACAGCACGUGUUACAGUCUUAGCAGAUUCUGUUCCAAGCUGAAACAUCUGGAUCUGACAUCUUGCGUAGCCAUCACAAACAGCUCUUUGAAAGGCUUAAGUGAGGGUUGCAGAAAUCUGGAACAUUUGAAUCUUUCCUGGUGUGAUCAGAUUACGAAGGAUGGUAUUGAAGCACUGGUGAAAGGGUGUAGUGGACUAAAAGCUCUAUUUCUUAGAGGUUGCACACAGUUAGAAGAUGAAGCAUUGAAACACAUUCAAAAUCACUGCCAUGAACUUGUAAUCCUGAAUUUGCAAUCCUGUACACAAAUUUCAGAUGAAGGCAUUGUAAAAAUCUGUAGAGGAUGUCAUAGACUUCAGUCGCUCUGUGUUUCAGGCUGUAGCAACCUUACAGAUGCUUCUCUCACAGCACUUGGUUUAAACUGUCCAAGGCUGAAGAUUUUGGAAGCUGCAAGAUGUUCACAUCUUACAGAUGCUGGUUUUACCCUUUUAGCACGGAAUUGCCACGAGCUGGAGAAGAUGGACUUGGAAGAAUGUGUUUUGAUAACUGACAGCACAUUGAUACAACUUUCUAUACACUGUCCGAAGCUACAAGCAUUGAGCUUAUCUCACUGUGAAUUGAUCACUGAUGAUGGGAUUCUUCAUCUGAGCAACAGUACAUGUGGUCACGAGAGGCUGCAGGUACUGGAGCUUGAUAACUGUCUUCUCAUCACUGACGUGACUCUGGAACACCUGGAGAACUGCCACAACUUGGAGAGAAUUGAGUUGUAUGACUGUCAGCAAGUCACGAGAGCUGGAAUCAAACGAAUCAGAGCUCAUCUACCUCAUGUGAAAGUUCACGCUUACUUUGCUCCAGUAACUCCUCCUCCUUCGGUAGGAGGGAGCGGACAGCGCCUCUGCAGAUGCUGUAUUAUUCUUUGACAGUUGAGUGCAACCACACGGAAAAGGCAGUGGUGGCUGAAGAAAAGAAGGGGACUGCAAGUCAGUGGAAGGAGUCGGUUUCCUGACAGUCCUAGUGGUGGUGUUUGGUCAUCCAGUUUUGUGACAAGACAAGUGUUUUUUUCCAGGUAAAAAAUCUUAACGUAACGUGCAGCUGUGGAUUAAGUUGGUGAUGCUUUGGUUUGUAUUAGUAACUCCUUCCUUCUGUUGGCAUGAGAACUGAAGUACUGUGUAACAUGUGGGGGGCGUUUCAGCAUAGCAGCUACUUGGUGAAAGUUCACUAAACUUGGAAGUUACUUGGCAUUUGUAAGCAUUGUUCCGUGUGAAGUUCUGAGGUAAGGUGGGGCUCAAGUCCGGCACACCACAGAACUGAACCUGCUGGUCUGUAAUAUACACGACAGAUGAAGUAUCAGGUUUAAGGACAAAUCAGCUUUAGCAGAUGUUGACCAAAAAAUGCAAGGUAAUCAUGAGCUCUUACAGCAAAACAGC